GGUGGGCAUGGGCAUCGCGGUGGCCGGCUACUGGCCGCACCGUGCCGGGGCCCCGGGGUCGCGAGCUGCGAAUGCGAGCGCUCCCCCCGUGAGCGAGCUGCGACGCGAGGGUCGCGGUGCCGGCCGGGCUCACGGCCCGCACGAGCGGAUGCGGCUCCUUGGGCCCGUGGUCAUGGGCGUCGGCCUCUUCGUGUUCAUCUGCGCCAACACGCUGCUCUACGAGAACCGCGACUUGGAGACGAGACGGCUUCGCGAGGGGGUGCUGCGGGAUCAGGCGCUCCGGCCCCCCGACGGCCCAGGCUGGGACUGCGCCCUCCUCCCCAGCCCCGGGACUCCCCGAGCCAUAGGCUGUGUGGAACCAGAGAGUUGGGACUUGUCCCCGCGUCGGGGCACCUCCCCUGUCCCCUCAGUGCGGAGUCUGCGUUCAGAGCCUGCUAAUCCCCGCUUGGGGUUACCUGCCCUGCUCAACAGUUAUCCGCUGAAGGGCCCGGGGCUACCUCCACCUUGGGGUCCAGGGACUCAGACUGGCCAUGUGAUAAUCACCGUGCAGCCCUCCGGGUCCUGCAUUGAACACUCCAAGUCUCUGGAUCUGGGCCUUGGAGAGCUCCUGCUCGGUGCGCCCGCAGCUCGGGACUGUGCUCACCGGAGCUGGCCGCGGCUGGACCGCCUCAGUCUGGAGGGUUAUGCCAAGUUGGGAGAAGGAGGGGACUUGGGGGCUCAGGUUUGAGGAUCACGGGACAGCCUGCUAUGAGGCUGCAGCGUGGACCGUGGCAACUGGACCAGGAGUCCCAAUGUCUAGUAGAUGCUUCAGUCACAUCCCAGACCGGGGAAUGGAUGCUCUGGCCCCCGCAGCGCCUAAGGCGUCCUGACUUGCAUGUCAGCAGAGAAAUGCCAACUGCACAAGGAUUCAAUAAGCUGGAAGGCGUUUGUGUGGAUUCUGGAGACCAGCAUGACGGCCUCAGGAAUUCCUUCAGCCUCCAAAGCGGCCUUAGCCCUGAGCAGGCACCUGAGGAGGCUGGCGGUCCAGGCCGGGUGAUUGGGAGAUGUCCCCGGUGUCUUGGCAAACCCAAGUGGUGGGCAAGGACCCCUAAGACUUGGAAGGUAGGUUGAGAUGUUACAGGUUGGGACAGGCUCCCUCCACGGUGGCUCUGGUGAUGGGUUUGGGCCUCCAGAAAGGUGGGCAGUGGGGUACAGCUGAGACCCUUCCCUGCCAGCGGGGACGGGGACAGCCUCUGACGUCCACCGCAAGCCCCUUCUUCUCGGCCAUGCAGGGCCUGUCCUCCCAGGGCCACCCUACUGCCACUGCCUCAUCUGAGGGCCUGGCCCGCCCGACAGGUCUGAGAAGCCCCUUCUCUCCUUCGUCCUGGUCUAUGCUGCAGACUCUCCCUUCAGCUGGCAAAAAGGAUUUGCCAGUUCUCAGAAAUCCUUUUAUACAACAUUGAAGCUACAUUUUGGCCAAUGUGGGUAGCUUACUUUUUAGCAAAAGGGGAAGAGAACUUUAAAAGUUGAUCAAUCCUCACAGAUUCAGUCUUUUUUUUUUUUUAAGUUUAUUGAAAAAUGCAGUACAAGAAGCAAGACCAAACACAUAUCUAAACACUACAACCACUUCUCUUA